GAAGCUGAUUGGAAGACUCGCUGGUGUUGGGAGGGGAUAGAGCGCCGCCGAACGACUGGAGCGUUCCUGUUUGAGAGUCGGUGGUGUUGGGAGGACUGACGUGACGCGGUUCCCAGCAGUAGCCGGAGCUGGGUGAGAGCGGAUAGGGAACAUGGCGGAGGCAGCGGCGGCGGUGUCUCAGCAUCGGUUCUUCUGUCAUCACUGUAAGGGCGAGGUCAACCCCAAACUGCCGGAGUAUAUUUGCCCCAGAUGUGACUCCGGUUUCAUUGAAGAGGUGACGGAAGAAUCCAGUUUCCUAGAUUCCGGUGGAGGUGCCCUCGAUGACAGUUCCCCUGCACAGUUCACAGGUUUACCAAGUGAGCUGUGGGACCAUUUAGACCAAGCGAUGUUCAUCCCUGACUUCCGACACUUCCUGAGCGGCAGCAGCUCUUUAGAUCAAGAUGGCCGAGACAACGAACGGGGCCACCAGGCGCAUACUGAGCUCAGACUGACACGCCGACCUCCCAGGCAGCCAAUGACACGGUAUAGAUCUCGGGUCAGUUCACGUCCUGACCGAUCUCCGGCCAUUGAAGGCAUCAUUCAACAGAUCUUUGCUGGAGUUUUCGCAAACCCUCCCUUUCCAGGGUCUCCCCAUCCCCUCUCUUGGAGUGGGAUGUUGCACUCGAAUCCCGGAGACUACGCCUGGGGACAAAGUGGCCUGGAUUCCAUUGUCACACAGCUACUGGGUCAACUUGAAAACACCGGCCCUCCUCCAGCCGACAAAGACAAGAUUGUGUCUCUACCAACUGUCACCGUUACCCGGGAGCAAGUGGCGAUGGGCCUCGAGUGCCCGGUGUGCAAAGAGGAUUACACCGUAGAAGAACAAGUAAGGCAGUUACCCUGCAACCAUUUCUUCCACGGAGACUGCAUCGUGCCUUGGCUUGAACUGCAUGACACGUGCCCCGUUUGCCGAAAGAGUCUGAACGGCGAAGACUUGACGCGACAAGCUCCCACUUCAGAAGCAUCUGGUAGUAACAACUUCAGUAGUGACCGAUGGACCUUCUGAAAUCUGCGCGGCCAGCCCUCUCUCUAAGGCAUGUAUAUUAUAUGAGAAGGGGGGGGGAGCCUGUUUGGGUUCGAUACGGGGAGAGGGAGAAACGGCCACCAGAACUACAGACCUCCUCCCUGCCGAAAUGAAACUCCUGUGGAAUGACUGGAUCCAGUGUAGCUCUAAAGUCUCACCCUCUACCCUGGUGUUUUCUUCUUACCCCUGAGCAUCGAUCAGCGGCUGAUUUAUCCAUUGGGGAAAUCGCCAUUGAGCGUUUAGUGCAAAACGGUGACCUUUCUCACCCCCACCCAGUCUAUGGGAAGGAUUUGGAAGUAAAGGGCAGGCACAUUCUGAUGAUAACCGCAAUGCUGCAGACUUGGCGUCUCCUCAGAGACCAAAAUGAAAGAGGCAGGGGAAUCCAGAAGAAUUUAUUUCAGCAAACCACAGUGAAUUCCAUAACCCCGCUCGCUUCAUCAUUAUCUCGUGGUGUAAUUUGUUGAGCCACUCAAUUCAAGGUGCCUGUUCAAACAAGUACUGCUUUCAUAUCCAUUUGCCCCCACCCCCAAAGCCAAUGACACGGGGGCAGGGGGGGGAUUGUUUGGUUGUAAGAGAGACUUUUACACCCCUUGGACUUAAUUCUGUACCCCCACAUUGAACUUCUUUGCUUUGGGUGUGCAUUGGAAAACCUGGAACUUUAAAGAUCAGCGGGGAAAAAAUGACAACCUACUGUUAAUGAUGACGUUUGUUUAUUGAGAGACAUUUUAAUUAGGGGA